GAUUGCCGUGUUCUUGUCCGGGCGACUCCCGCCCUGUCCUCCCGCGCUGGAGAUGACCUGUGGCCUCGCUGGUGGGCUCUGACCGAGGCCGGGUUGGGGUAACAGGCUUCGCUCCGGUCUUUUUGCGUGGGGGUUCACGGCGGAAGCCCCGAAAUUUGGAAUCGCUUGGCUUUUCUGACAUACCUGAACACAGAACCCCAGGGUACUUGAAGAGGAACUCUAACCCAGAGGAGCUCUACCAUAAAAAUGAGCCCUGCAGAUCCACUUGAUGAUGAAGACACUUUUAAAAUCCUGGUUGCCACUGAUAUUCACCUUGGAUUUAUGGAGAAAGAUGCAGUUCGAGGAAAUGAUACAUUUGUGACACUUAAUGAAAUUUUAAAACUUGCCCUGGAAAAUGAAGUGGAUUUUAUUUUGUUAGGUGGUGAUCUUUUCCAUGAAAACAAGCCCUCAAGGAAAACUCUUCAUAGUUGCUUGGAGUUGCUUAGGAAGUACUGUAUGGGUGAUCGCCCUGUGCAGUUUGAGAUCAUCAGUGACCAGUCAGUCAACUUUGGUUUUAGUAGGUUUCCAUGGGUGAACUAUCAGGAUGGCAAUCUCAACAUUUCCAUUCCAGUGUUUAGUAUCCAUGGCAACCAUGACGAUCCCACAGGGGCAGAUGCCCUCUGUGCCCUGGAUAUUUUAAGCUGUGCUGGGUUUGUGAAUCACUUUGGACGGUCAAUGUCUGUGGAGAAGAUUGACAUUAGUCCAGUUCUGCUGCAGAAAGGAAGCACAAAACUUGCUCUGUACGGCCUAGGGUCCAUUCCUGAUGAAAGGCUCUAUCGGAUGUUUGUCAAUAAAAAAGUAACAAUGCUGAGACCAAAGGAAGAUGAGAACUCAUGGUUUAACUUAUUUGUGAUUCAUCAGAACAGGAGUAAACAUGGAAGUACCAACUUCAUCCCAGAACAGUUUUUGGAUGACUUCAUUGACCUCGUUAUCUGGGGCCAUGAACACGAGUGUAAAAUUGGCCCAACCAAAAAUGAGCAGCAGCUCUUCUAUGUGUCUCAGCCUGGAAGCUCAGUGGUGACUUCUCUUUCCCCUGGAGAAGCUGUUAAGAAACACGUGGGCUUGCUGCGCGUUAAAGGGAGGAAGAUGAACCUGCAGAAGCUGCCUCUCCGCACAGUGCGGCAGUUCUUCAUGGAGGAUGUGGUUCUCGCUAACCACCCAAACCUGUUCAACCCUGACAAUCCUAAGGUGACCCAGGCCAUCCAGAGCUUCUGCUUGGAGAAGAUUGAAGAAAUGCUUGAAAAUGCCGAGCGCGAACGGCUAGGGAAUUCUCUUCAACCAGAGAAGCCUCUUAUCCGACUACGGGUGGACUACAGUGGAGGCUUUGAACCUUUUAGUGUUCUUCGCUUUAGCCAGAAAUUUGUGGAUCGGGUCGCUAACCCCAAAGAUAUCAUCCACUUUUUCAGGCAUAGGGAGCAAAAGGGAAAAACAGGUGAAGAGAUCAACUUUGGGAAGCUUGUUUCAAAAUCUCCUUCGGAAGGAACGACACUCAGAGUAGAAGACCUGGUGAAGCAGUAUUUCCAGACUGCGGAGAAGAAUGUUCAGCUCUCACUGCUGACAGAAAGAGGGAUGGGUGAAGCCGUUCAAGAAUUUGUGGACAAGGAAGAAAAAGAUGCCAUCGAGGAAUUAGUGAAGUACCAGCUGGAGAAAACACAGCGGUUUCUUAAGGAGCGCCAUAUCGAUGCUCUGGAAGACAAGAUUGACGAAGAGGUCCGGCGUUUCAGAGAAAGCAGACAGAGAAAUACCAACGAAGAAGACGAUGAAGUGCGAGAGGCCAUGAGCAGGGCCCGGGCGCUCAGAUCGCAGUCAGAGAACUCUGCCUCAGCCUUCAGUGCUGACGACCUGAGUUUCGAUAUAGCAGAACAGACAGCAAAUGACUCUGAUGACAGCCUGUCAGCAGUGCCCAGCAGAGGCCGGGGCCGAGGCCGAGGUCGAAGAGGAGGCAGAGGGCAGAGCACCGCAUCAAGAGGAGGAUCUCAGAGAGGCCGAGACACUGGGCAGGAGACGGCUACUCGAGGCAGAUGCUCAAAGGCCACUACAUCGACCUCUAGAAAUAUGUCCAUUCUAGACGCUUUCAGAUCUACUCGACAGCAGCCUUCCAGAAACACUGCCACUAAAAAUUACUCAGAGACUAUUGAAGUGGAUGAAUCUGAUGAAGAUGACAUUUUUCCUACCAGUUCCAAGGCUGAUCAAAGGUGGCCAGGCACAACAUCUAGCAAACGGAUGUCCCAGAGCCAGAUAGCCAAGGGGGUUGACUUUGAAUCAGAUGAGGACGAUGACGAUGACCCUUUCAUGAGCAGUAGUUCUCUAAGAAGCCGAAGAUAAUAAUGUUUUUAAUGGAACAUGAUUGUCAUGAUACAGGAAGAAAUCAAAGCACUGCAUGCUGACUCUAAAGCUGACGAUGUUUUAACUGCCCCGUUAACCAAGGACUCUGAAAAGUCUACCAACCAGGAAGCUAGUAUAUAAGGUUUAUACUUGAUUGUUUCCUGAACGUGACUCCAUUAAGCCAUUUCCUAGCCAUUUCCUAGUAGGAGAGUUCUGCUUCUCCUUAGUCUGUAGUCUGGCUGUUGGCACUAUCUGAGGAUGCUCUGCCAUGUUGAGAAUGUUAACUUCCUGACAUAACUGUUUCCUGUGUGUAAGAGCUUUGCUAAAAUGCCGUUCUUGAGUGAGGAUUGGAGAAAAAGCUCAGUGUCAAUGCUUCAUGGUCAAAGACUGUCGGCCUCCUGUGUCACAGAUCGCAGAGUUGAUGGGAAAGCUCACAGAUCUGGUCCCUUCAUGUUGUAAUUAUUUCCUGCAUCCCCAGAAAGCAAGGCCCUCUUGUGGAGCAGCCUGUUGCCCGUGUCAGUCACUGUGUGUGAAUUUCAGCACUGGAGGAUCAGCCUCUAAGAAUCGGGCUCAAUGGACCUUGUAUUUUAAUAGUUAGUAUAAAGCUUUUGUUAAAUACAUUUCUUUUUCAAUCACUUUGCAGCAGA